AUGGUUAGUGUCAUUUUAUCUGAAAACGCUACAACUCAAACAAAGUAUAAAUAUGGGCUUGAGCUGAAAGAAAACCCCGUUGGUGAAUUCUCAGCUGAUAAGAGCCAAGCACUUGUGAAAGUUCAGGCAGCUGCAUUGAAUCAUAGAGAUGUCUGGAUUCUGAAAGGAAUGUAUCCUGGCAUCAAAGUAGGGUCGGUCUUGGGCUCUGAUGCUGUCGGCUACGUCAUUAAAAAGAGCGACCAUAACGAUGAUACCAUCCACAUUGGUCAGCGAGUUCUUUUGAACCCUGGAUCAGGCUGGGUAUCCGAUGAACGAGGACCUGAGCAAACGUUUGGUAUUUUGGGACUAUUGCCUUGGGCAGGCACAUUGACAGAAGAGCCUGUAUGGAUGGACAUGGAGGAAUUGGUUGCUUGUCCCACUCAUUUAUCAAAUGCUGAAGCUGCUGCAUUACCACUCGCUGGUUUAACCGCUUAUAGAGCUUUGUUCACGAAAGGUUUGGUCAAAAAAGAUGAGCAUGUAUUGAUCACCGGUAUUGGUGGAGGUGUUGCUUUAUGUGCGCUUCAGUUUGCUGUAGCAGCAGGUGCUCAUGUCUACGUCACAUCAUCCAGUGCAACAAAGAUCGAAAAGGCAAUUGCUUUGGGUGCAAAAGGGGGUGUCAAUUAUAAGGAUGAUGAUUUCAUCCGUGAGUUGAAAAAGUUGCUAGGAAAAAAUCUGCUGUCAGCUGUUAUUGACGGUGCGGGCGGCCCAUUGUACGGUGUCUAUCCUAAAGUAAUGCGUACAGGUGGCAUUAUUGUGAAUUACGGACAAACGGCUAGUGUAAAAGGUGUUACGUACUCCAUGUCCCACGUAUUGAAGAACAUUGAUAUUCGUGGCUCCACCAUGGGUUCAAGAACAGAAUUCAAAGAAAUGGUAAAGUUUGUAGAAGAAAAUAAAAUUAAGCCUGUUGUUUCCCGUGUAUGGGAUGGUUUAAAUGCAAAAGCACUGGAUGAAGCUAUUGCUACGAUGAGUAACAGUGAACAGUUUGGAAAGUUAGUGAUUCAAAUCAGUGACCCUUCCACAAGUCCAAAACUUUAAGACACACACACACACUACUCUGUUGCCAACUACAAUUAUAUAAACCAGAUCUCAUCUAUUCCUGAGGGGCCAAAUAAAACAUUUUCAUCCACUAUCUUAGUAAAAAUACAUCUUGAAAUAAUGGGCAUGGUUUCCAUUGAACUCAAAUGAGGCAAGUUUUGAAUCUGUUUCAUAAGGCCAGAAACAAUUUAGAGAACAAAGAAAUUCCCAUCGUGAGCCUUUGCAGAGAUGCUUGGGCUAAUCCAUGUGUAACUUUUAGGUGCUGUGUAUAUGUCUAUAGAUCUUUCCCUUUACACUUCUCGUCCCUUUGAGAAUUUUUUAAUGGAUUUUUGAUAAGUGCGGGACCAAUCAUUUCUCGUAGCUGUAUUUAAAUGAAACGACCGUGAGUAAGGGAAUCUGAUAAACAAUUAAGCAAGAUUUUCCAAAGGAAAGGGACAUGGAA